AAAGACAGAGAGAGAAAGGGAGAGUUUCCUUAUUAUGCAAACUAGCUCACUCAAAGGGUUCCACCCCAAAGGAUGUCAAUUGGGUUUCCCGUGGUUUACGGAGCAAAUCUGCGCUAGAGAGUUCAGUCCCACACUAUUCAGAUCGGCGAAAUCGGUGCCAGCACACCACGAGCAGAGAGAACACGCAAGGUCCUGCCUGAGCCUGGCCACGGGUGUGCGCUUUUACAACACCAGCAUACGGUCGCAAGUCCAGCGUCCCGCAUCUGAAUAGUCUAAACCCGAAAGAGAGGGAGAGAGAGAGAGAGACUGCCAGCGUCUUCACAAUCAGCGCAGCCAAGGAAACCCGUUGAAAAACGUCCCCCCCAAAUCCCCCUCUGUUCAAGAGAAAGAAGGGGGUGAGAAGAGUAGACACGCAAACAAAAGCAUUCCUUCCCGGCUUUCAGCCCCAAAAGAGUCGCCUGAGUUGGGCAAAAUUAUUUAGGCGCUCUUCAAACACAAAAUUCAAGAGGAUAGGCGUAACAGGACAGCGUCUAGGGCUGCAUCAGCACCAGCAGCAACAGGAGUAGCGGUUGCAUUCUCAUCACUACUUACACGAAUUUUGGAGCCACGGACUCAAAAAGCCCCCCCUCUAACCUCCAAAUAACCUGCGCUAGUCAGCGGAGACACCAAGAUGCGCGUCACCUGGGUAAUUCUAACAUUAGGCUUGCUGUGGACUGGCCAUGUCCAGAGUGAAGUUGCAUCCGAUAAAUCAGGGGCCUCUACUGCUGCAACCAUGACCACUGAUAAGGUCACGACCGCGAUCACAUCAGCACCUGCUGCUGCAAGCACCACCAAUAAUGUUAAAGUCACGACUCCAACCACAUCAACACCUGCUACUCUAAGUACCACCAAUGAUGUUAGAGUCAUGACCACAGCCGCAUCAGCACCUACUACUGCAAGCACCAUCACCACAACUGGGACAGUCACGACCCCAGCCACAUCAACACCGGCUACUGCAGGUACCACCACAGUUGGGAAAGACAAUACCACGGACACUGGGACCACCAUUACUCCGACCAACAUCUCCACACUUGCCCCAGAGGAGGCCCUCAAUACAUCACCAAACUCUGGACCUACACCUUCAGGGAUCUGGUCCAAACAAGGCGACCUUACCUCCGGACCAAAGUUUAUCCCCUUGCCUCACAGAAAACUAGCGAGUGGGAGUCCUACAACCACAGGGGACGGCGUGGCCUCUACUGCUCCGCACAUCACUAGCAGCACCAGCGCCAGCUCCAGCUCCAGCUCCAGCGCCAGCGCCAGCUCUAGCUCCAGCGCCCGCCCCUCCGGGCCUGGGGGGGAUACGUCAGGCUCAGUGCCAACCAGUGUGCAGCCCCCAACUACUGCAACAGCCACCCUGAAGACCACCACUGUGCUGUCAACUACUACCACAACUUUGCCUACGACUACUCUACCCACUCCAUUCACUUUUUUCUUCAGUAAGAUGGACAAAGAGGGUGAUCCCAUUCUGAUCGAAAUUUGCUCAAGGCUCCUGGAAAUGAUAACCGGCGGCAACUGCUCCAUAUCAGGCAGAAAGACAAAAGGCCACCACCAGUUUGACAAAAUCUACAUCAACGGAGAUGUUAACAUCAGUGUUGUGGAGAGGCACUAUAAGGAAUUGAAUGGAAAGAUGAAGGAGAGUUUGGAGGAGAGCGACUACACCACUCUGAUCGCCAUCUUGGCCUCCUGUGGGGCAGUAGCCCUCAUCAUCGUGGGCCUCGCCAUAUACACCUAUCGCCACGGCAACAACUACCGCAAGAAUCAGCAACACCUGACGGAGGAGCUGCAGACGGUGGAGAACGGUUACCAUGACAACCCCACGCUGGAGGUGAUGGAGGUGCAGCCGGAUACGGUGCUGGAGAAGAGGCCCAACGGCGAGUUGAACGACAGCUGGAUCGUCCCCAUCGACAACCUGCUGAAGGAGGAGCUGCCCGAUGAAGAGGACACACACCUGUAGACACACACACACACACAGCCACACACAUACACACAUACACACACACACACAGAGGCACACACACACACACCCACAGCCACACACAUACACACACACAGCCACACACACACACACAGCCACACACACACACACACAGAGGCACACACACACACACCCACAGCCACACACACACACACACACACACACACACACACACACAGAGGCACGCAUACACACUAGUUGACAAGUGUAGAGCUUACACACACCAGAACAGUUGUUAUACACACAAAUACACAUGGUCACCUGUACUAAGUCAAUUAGACAAACUCACACACACUUAGCUCUCGACUGGACACACACACACUUAGCUCUCCACUGGACUUCAUUUGAG